AUGUCUGCGGAUAUGGAGGCUGCCGUCAAGCUGUUCUUCUCGUCGCCGCGUUUUGCGGUCGCUGGCGCCAGCACCGAUGCCAGCAAGUUUGGCUACAAGAGUACCAAAGAUACCCUUUCCUCUGCUGGUGAUGAUGACGACGAUGAUGCUGAUAUAGUGGCAUUCUCUAGUUCUCGCGUGGUAUCAUGA